AUGGACCUUAAUCAUGCAUAUAAGGCAAGUAAUGGGGAGUCUAACAACAGCCUUGAUUCUUCUCUGGAUGUAAAACCGAUGGAGAAGCCGGCAACAGAUGAUGCGGUCCGCACGGAGAAACGUAAGUACCAUGGUGCGGCUGUCAUGUCCCACCACCAAAUAAGUGUGAUGUCGCAGCCUCUGACCAAGGGCGUCAGAGAACUUAUAAAGAAAACCACGGCGUUCAUGUCUUGCUCGAAGAGCAAGCCGCAGAAACUGAUGGAGCUGGGCCCGAUGACGUACGCGCACUCCGUACUGACUGCGAGCGAGAAGCCUCUCUGCCACAUGGAGUUGGAGAGCAGCAGCGUUAAUGGGUUUGCAGACACCCUGCAAGACAACGGGGUGUCGGACGCGACGCUGGUGGAGAUGUGGCUGAUACGGGUCACUCGGCGCAAACGCGUGCGCUAUUGCUUCCGGAUAAGUAAUGGUGUGUUGACAUGGAAGGACAACAGGAUGCUGGAGUUAGAUACAAUCAAGGACAUUAGAAUGGCCGAAAUGGCAAAAAACUACAGGGAACAGUACGAUAUAAUGGAUGCGUUUGCGUCUCGGUGGAUAACGAUCAUAUAUCAGGUGUCGCCUACGAAGCUGAAGGCUCUGCAUCUGAUAGCUCCGACGCAGCUCGAAUGCGCGAAGUUUUAUAAUGCCGUGCUGACUGUUGCACGGCAGCGUCGGGAGCUGAUGGAGAGUAUUUCUGUCCCCAGCAGCGAGGCGUUUGCCAACAUCCACUGGAAGGUGAAUGUGUCAUCCAAGAAGGCAGACGAAAGCAGGGAUACGCUCUCUUUCGAAGAUGUGCAGCGACUCUGCACCAAGUUCCACAUAUAUUGCUCCUCCAACUAUUUGAAGCGAGUUUUUAAAAUAGCAGACGUGAAUCGCAAUGGGCUGCUGAACUUUAGCGAGUUUUGCACCUUUGUGCGGAUGCUAAAGAAGCGCCAUGAGGUUACAGAAAUAUGGCAAAAGAUUGCCGCCGAAACUCGAGCGAUAGAUUUUGAAAAGUUUUACAGUUUCCUGACAGAUGUGCAGUGCGAGGACAUGGAUGCCCAGCUGGCACGGGACCUAUUUAAUGAGUAUUCGCACGAAGGUUACAUGGACGAAGACCUCCUGUUAAAAUUUCUGACUGCCCAACCGUACGCAAGGGAGAUAGAAGAAGACUACUCAAGGCCGCUAUCGGAAUAUUUCAUUUCGUCUUCACACAAUACAUACUUGCUUGGUAAUCAGGUAGGUAGUAUGGCUAGUGUAGAGGGCUAUAUUCAGGCGCUGCAACAGGGCUGCCGCUCUGUGGAGAUUGAUAUAUGGGACAGCGAUGAUGGCCCGGUGGUCUGCCAUGGAAAGUUGACCUCAUCGCUACCGCUCCGCAACGUGGUUGACGUGAUCAACAAGUACGCGUUUAUCACAUCCCCAUACCCGCUAAUAUUAUCAUUAGAGAUUCACUGCCGAUCGGAGGGACAGAUAAUAGUGAAACAACUUUUCGACGACAUUCUGGGGCCACUCAUCUACGUGGCUGACCACUCUGUCGGAUGGCCCAGCCUGCGAGAUCUCAAGCACAAAAUAAUAAUCAAAAGCAAGAAGCUCAGGGUAAAUGUGGACAUGGCUGCGGAUAUAUACCACUCCACUUCUUCCAAGGGCUCAUCUUAUGACUCAGAGUAUGACGUGCAGUCACAGCCCUCAUCACCAAUGCCCAGGAGGGGCAUGCGCGGGAUCCACAUCUCAAAGCGCAAACACCGGGUCAUUGAGCAGCUGCUGCAGAUUUCUGCAAUCCACGGCAUUACCUUCCGCAAUUUUUCGUUGCCAGAGUCCAAGACGCCAACACACUGCUUUUCCUUGAGCGAGCGCAGCUUCGAUAACCUGGCCAACGAUGACCUGCAGCGCCUAGCGAUCGACAAGCACAACCGGCGCCACCUGAUGCGUGUAUACCCCCAUGCAUUCCGCUACAAAUCGUCGAACUACGACCCGAUCAAAUGCUGGCGCCUAGGUGUCCAAAUGGUAGCCACCAAUUGGCAGACCUACGACCUGGGGCAGCAGCUAAACCAGGCCAUGUUCCGCGUUACCGCGCGCGACGACUGGCCAUGGCCGUCGGGCUAUGUUCGCAAGCCCGAGUAUCUCCUCCACACCGUCCCAAAAACCAGCUUUAUCCGCGACAUCUACGAGGCCGUACACAGCUCGGUCGUGGCACUAUCGCUUGAGCUGCUUUCCGCCCAGCUACUGCCGAAGCCCAAGCUUUCCUCGCGCGAUGGCGAGGCCCAUUUCGCCCCCUACGUCGUCAUAGAGGUUCUCGGCGACGGUCUCUGUGGGCCAAUCCACGUGCAGAACGGGCUUGUCACCGCCCCAAACCAAGUAACUUCCUGCCGCUGUCCCGAAAACGGUUUUAAUCCUGUAUGGAAGACGUCCUUGACUGCCACUCUCAACAAUACUGGCUUCAAUUUCAUCAGAUACAUUGUCAAGAACGCUGACAUUACGCUAGCGACCUGCUGCAUUCGCCUCGACUACAUGAAGAGAGGCUACAGACACAUACCGUUAUAUAGCCUGGAGAGCUCGCGAUUCAUCUUCUCCACACUCUUUGUAAAAACCGAUUACAGAAUCGUGAGAUCUCUUUUCUAG